AUGGGCCCAGAACAACCUCUUCCAUACUUGGAAUAUUUCACAAGUCCAGGAGAAUAUGUGAACUCACUCCUGGAAUUCGUUGGAACCCACGACUUGCUACGGACACUUUGUGGAGGCGUACACAUUCUUGACUUCUUCACAAGCACGCCUCGGCUAUAUCCUCGGAUCCUUCCUCAAGAAUGGAGAGAUUUCUUCGAUCAGCACGAUGUGAUGGACAUCUUGGACCUUCUUAUGCGUGUGGAUUUAUCUCAAUUCGAAACAGAAGGUGGACAAUCAACGACGUGGCGCAGUGGACCUCUUCCUCCAGAUAGUCUUCUGGACUACAUUCGAGUUGUGAGGAAGCAUUUGCUCAACCGACAACCUGGAGGAACACAAUGCUCUCGAAAUCGUACCAUCAAGCACAGUCCGGCGCAAAAGCUUUCUCGGAACGUUGCAGUUGGUAUGAACGUCAAGAAAGUCCAUGAGGUCGGACUCUUUGCAUCAUAUCUCGACACACUGAGUUCCACGUAUACGGAGACGAAAGGCGAAGAGCUGUCUCAUCUCGUUGACUUCGGCUCCGGCCAGAACUACCUUGGCCGAGCAUUAGCAAGCGAGCCGUACAACAAGAAAAUCGUAGCGAUCGAAAGCCGGCAAGCGAACGCAGAUCGCGCGCGAGAAUUCGAUGUCUUUGCAAAGCUUGCCAAGAAGAAGAUGAUCAUGCGGAACAAGAAGGCGUUUCGCGAGACCGGGAUUGUGGUUGAAGGGAAGCCAGUCGAAGAAGUCGCACUACCGACAUCGCCACUCGAAACAGAGCUUGAUGGAGACGAGAUCAAAGCUCCUGCAGUCGAACUGCCGAGCGCAGGCAGUGGCAAGAUCACAUACGUCGACCACCGAAUACAAGAUGGCAAUCUGUCCGAAGUCAUCGCUCAAAUUCCAGAGUCAGACGAGGAACAGAAUCUCAUGGUCAUGUCCCUACACUCGUGUGGGAACCUGGUACACCACGGUCUCCGCUCUCUAUUACUCAAUCCAUCAGUCAAGUGCGUAGCGAUGGUCGGCUGCUGCUACAAUCUGGUCACGGAACGUCUCGGACCUGCGACCUAUAAACUACCUGAGCUUCGACCCCAAGCCAAUCCGCGAGUAUCAACACUUGCGGAAGCGCAAGACCCGAAUGGCUUUCCCAUGUCACAACGUUUCUGCGACUACUAUCGAGAAGGUAAAGACGAUACUGCAAACAAGGGCGUCAGACUCAACAUCACAUCACGUAUGAUGGCUGUUCAAGCGCCAGGGAACUGGGGACCGGCCGACAGCGAAUCGUUCUUUACUCGACACUUUUACCGAGCACUAUUACAACGAAUUUUCCUUGACCGCGGGAUCGUCGGACCACCCGCAGCGGAGUGUGUUGGCGGCGCCAGCCCGGCAGGUCAUUCAAGUGGAGGCACACCCAUCGUCAUCGGAUCUUUGCGUAAAAUGUGCUACAGCUCAUUUGCUUCAUACGUUCGAGGCGCCUUGGAAAAGCUUGUCGACGAUCCGACAAGAGGAGAAUUGUUCACGAAGAUGAAGCACGAAGUGACAGAGGAUGAGAUCGAGAAGUAUGAAGUGGCGUAUGCAAGUGGGAAGAAGGAUCUGAGCGUCAUUUGGAGCUUGAUGGCCUUUUCGGCGGGCGUCAUUGAAGCGGCGAUUGUGGUUGAUCGAUGGCUGUGGUUGAAAGAGCAGGAUGAAGUGGAGGAGGCGUGGGUGGACGCUGUGUUCGACUACGCGAUGAGCCCGAGGAAUCUGGUCAUUGUUGGAAUCAAGAAAUGA